UGUACUGAUUUCUUUGUACUCCAUUUUCAAGGUUUGAUUUCAGUAACCUGCAACAGGUGUCUAUAUUGUUUAAGUUGUCACAGUAACGCAGGGAGGAUGUGGCGUCUGCGCCGGUGACAUCACAGCGUUUUCAGAACGGUGGAUUUAUUAUUUUUUGUAGAGCGAAGUAGGGAGCGCACUUUAAAGUGGAAGGGAACACAGCCAGUGUUAUCAGCCAUAGUGAGUGAGUGUAUGAAUGAUGGAAUAGCAUUGCGGAUAAGUUGUUUAUUAAUAAAAUCCAUUGAAGACCCUGUUUUGUAGGGUGCUUGUUCGGUGUACUGACAUUUUCUCUCAGUCAGGAUGAGUGCUAGGCAGUGUAAGAACUGCGGUGGAGCAGAUAUAGAUAUAGACCAGGCGCGAGGAAGUGCCGUGUGCACCAACUGCGGAUCCGUGCUUGAGGAUAACAUCAUUGUGUCAGAGGUCCAGUUUGUGGAGAACAGCGGAGGAGGAGCAUCUGCUAUCGGCCAGUUUGUGUCUGCUGAUGGUCCCGUAAAGGCCCCAGUGCUUGGAAGCAGCUUCCAUACAAGCCUUGGGAAGGAGUCACGAGCUCAGACACUUCUAAAUGGGAAACGGCAAAUACACAGCCUGGGGAGCCAGCUGCAGCUGAACCAGCACUGCCUCGACACAGCCUUCAACUUUUUCAAGAUGGUGGUGAGCAAGCAUUUGACAAGAGGUCGCAAGAUGGCCCACGUAAUAGCUGCCUGCCUCUAUCUGGUGUGCCGGACAGAGGGCACCCCACACAUGCUCCUGGACCUGAGCGAUCUCUUACAGGUGAAUGUGUAUAUCUUGGGAAAGACGUUUUUGCUGUUGGCCAGAGAACUCUGCAUCAACGCACCUGCUGUCGAUCCUUGUCUGUAUAUUCCACGCUUUGCACACAUGUUGGAGUUUGGAGAGAAAACCCAUGAGGUCUCCAUGACUGCACUGAGACUGCUACAAAGGAUGAAGAGAGACUGGAUGCACACCGGCCGCAGACCGUCUGGACUCUGUGGCGCAGCUUUGUUGGUGGCAGCUCGCAUGCACGAUUUCCGCCGCACAGUAAAGGAGGUCAUUGGCGUCGUGAAAGUAUGUGAGGCAACUCUCAGAAAGAGGCUGACAGAAUUUGAGGACACACCCACCAGUCACUUGACUAUUGAUGAGUUUAUGCGAGUGGACCUGGAGGAGGAGUGUGAUCCCCCUUCUUUUGUUGCUGGUCAAAAGAAGCUAAAGAUCCAGCAGCUGGAACAGGAGCUGGCCAGGAAGCUUGAUGAAUAUCAAGGUGAAAUCAACUCCUAUCAGGAUGAGAUUGAGACAGAACUGGAGAACAGCAGGCCUAAACUGAGAGGAAUUUAUGCCAUGUAUGCAAAAGAAGACACCAACGAUGGAAGCCUGUCCCUGGUGUCGGACCUCACGGGAGACGAGGACACACAAGAUGAGGAGAUGGAAGCUGCGGCUCAGCACCUCAAUGAGGACUUCAUCAAGCAGGUGUUACCUGAACUGGAGCAGGGCCCUCAGGGGGCCACAGAGGCACAAGAGCAGGGCAAAGGGGCAGCAGAGCUGCCCAGUGGCUCCACCCAUGUGCCAUUAACUUCACUGCUUGGCCCACUUCCCAGCGCCGCCAGCCUUGGCCUCACAGACUCGAUCCGCCAUUGCAUGACUGAGGUAGAGGAGGAAGAAGAGGAGGACGAUGUGUCUGCAGAAGACAAGUCAGAUAACGGUGAGCUCGACCUGGAAGGCAUCGACGAGAAUGAGAUCGAAAAGUACAUUCUCAAUGAGAAGGAGGUGCAGGCUAAGACAGAGCUGUGGAUGAAGCAAAAUGAGGAGUAUCUAAGGGAGCAGAAAGAAAAGGAAGAAAGGAUAGCUAAAGAGAAAGAACAAGGAAUCUAUAAGGAGAAGCCCAAAAAAACAUCCAAAAGACGAGAGCCCAUUCGGGCCAGCACUGCAGGAGAGGCGAUAGAGAAGAUGCUGGAACAGAAGAAGAUUUCAAGCAAAAUCAAUUACGACGUAUUGCGAGACCUGAACAGCAAAGGCAGCAGCAGCCCUACACAUACGUCAGAGGAAGCGUCCGAUGUUGUCCCCGGACGUAAGAAGCUCACCCGCCGCAAGAAGCAGCCUAACAAGAGCAACUUGGGUCUGGCCAAGCCUGCAAGCCUCAUGGGGAAAAGGCUCCGCCCCCUUAUAUCAUCAAAUCCCAAGAAGAAAAGAGCAGCUACACAGAUUGUGCCCAGUGCUGUGAUGCUGCCUCCAGUGAUCCCAGUGACUCCCCCAGCCCCAACUCCUCCUCCUGUCGUAGAAUGUGGCCCUGUGACUUAUGAGGAGCCCGCUGAGGAAGAGGAGGAUGAAGAGGCAGAAGAGCCCUGUGUCAGUGCUAUGAAGCUUAUAGGAGGAAACGAAUAUGGCUGUGAAGUUGAAGAGGAGGAAGUUUUUUAGUGCGCAGCAUUUGUCUUCCCAUCAGAAAGCUAUGAUUUCUUCACCCUCAAAAGCUGUAUCUUCCCACGUAGGAAAGAGAAAGAGAGGAUAAAAACAAGGCUUGGGCAUGUGUGCUAUUGUCAUUAACAUGAAGGAACAUUCAUGCAUCAUGUUUAACUCCUGCAGCAUCUGGGACAGUAAAGAGAGAUCUGAGUGUCUGUGUGUCUGCGUAUGCGUGUGUGAGCCAUGUGGUAAACACAUGACUGAACUGAAGACUUUGUACACUUGGUUUAUUGGACACAUGCUAAUACAGCAGAUGUGUAUUAGUGUAAUUACUCAUAGAGGAAACUGCUCAACAUUCCAUUCACAUGCUAAGAGGAAACCCAGUAAGUGAUGCAGCUUUAGAAUCAGCUGAUGUAGCAUUCGCCUAGGAGUUAACACAAUUAGGCGAUGUUUGUUUACAGUAUAUGAUAUAAUAUUAGUGAUGGUUCAAGGAUAACAGGAAUUGUUUAAUGUCCACAGGUGCUUUAGUGAUGUCCCAUAUUUUAAGGAGAAAAUGUUAAAUAACAGAUUUUGUUUUACCUCUGUAUGAACUAAAAGUGUAUAAAUGUACAGUACGGUGUGUCUUGAAAUAAUGUCACUUAAUUCUUUCAGUAAAAGGCGUCCAUUUUAUUACAUUCAGGGAUAUAUUUUUUUGCUACUGUAGCUUCGUUGAAACCCUUUCGAUCGCUAUUAAGUUUCAUAAGAGAAAGCUCACUGGGCUCAGAGAUAAACAGGUGGUAGCCUGAGCACAUUCCUAGGUGUAAUUAAAUUCAAAACUUCCAAGUGUAAAAAAACAAAAAAAAACAAAAAAAGACUGUGUAUUCACCCAUUUGUCAAGAGUUUAUUGUGUGUGUCGAAUAAGAAAAGGAAAACUACAAUGGAGUAUGUUUUACACUACCAUGUGUUCAUUUCUUCUUAUGCCUUUUAAUGCUGGUCUCCCAUUUCUUACUUCUUCAUCUAGAAGAGAAGAAACUACUGAGAAAUCUGACAGUGUGUAACAUGAGAUCACUCACAAACCCCCAGGUGUGCACGUGCAUGCGUGCGUGCGUGUGUGUGUGAGGGCAGCAGAUGGCGAGCACUCUGCUCUCCUUGUGAUAUUGCCGUCAGCUCGCAUCACCGCAUUGCUUCAUGAGUCACAUACACAGUCCCGUAGACUUCCAUACAUCAUUGUGAUUUCAUUAUCAGGGAGUACACCUGAGGCCGAUAAAACUGAGAGGUUAUCCUGUGAAAAUACAACGGGAACAUUUAGCAAAACAUACCUUACUUUAUAUAGUUUUCACAUUUUAUUAAAAGAUACUGAGAUUCACAUUUGCACCUUGAUAUGGUGAAAGUAUUUUUAGGUUGAAUGUACAUGCAAUAAAAAAAUAGUUUGGAUUUAAAUACAAAUACUUUGAUUGCAUAAUUAAUGCAGUGAUUAAUUCUUUAACCCUAACUGAUGCAGCGAGCAGCUUCCCAUUUUUUAAACAGACAUUUCAGAAUACAUAUCCCAUGGACAUGGAAAAGAAGUUACUGUGUCUCAUAAGGGUCAAAUUACUGGCCUGCUAGAACUGUCCAAUUGUUUUUGCAUUGUGACAAUUUAGAAGGAUUAUGCUGAGGCAUUUAGGAAAUACAAGAAGGUCAUGUGGUCUAAUGACUCCAGACUAACUGUUUCAGAGCAAUGGCAUUAGGCUAAGAAGGGGAGAGCAUGUAUGGAUGUACCAUCAUACAUGGUGGCCACUGUACAAGCCUCUGAAAGCAUUUGCUUCUAAACUUAGCAACAUUAUGUGGCAAUAAAAUAAAGUCAACUGAUGAUCUGUAUGUGCUUAAUGACCAGGAUGAAUAAAAUUUUGCACAGGUGUA